UUAAAUAGAUACUUCUAUAAUCUAUUCUUUGUUAUGAAGUUGUCUUAACUUCGUAGUUAACUUAACAAUAUGAGAAAACAUUAUACAAAACUAUUUUUGUUCCUGUGUUUGUGUUGUAUAAUUUUGCUUUUUUAUGCAACGAAUUUAUCUAAAUACUCUUUAACUGCGUAUAAGAAUAAUGCAACCCUUCGCUCAAACUCUAGGGAUAAUGUGUAUUAUGUUACAAAGAAUGUUGAUAGAGUGGUAAUAUCAUUUGUUGUUUGUGAUUCAAGGUUCAAUGAAUCAUUAAAUUUAAUAAAAUCAAGUCUACUUUUCUCAAGUUCACCUUUAUACUUUAUAAUAUUUGCUGAUGACAAGUUAAGAAAUAACUUUAGCAUAACUUUAAACAAAUGGAAGAAAAUACUUGGUGAUAACUUAAAAUUUGAGAUUCAGAGGAUAGUGUUUCCAGAGGAACACAAAGAGGAAUGGAUGAAUUUAUUUAGCAAAUGUGCAGCUCAAAGAUUGUUCAUACCUAAACUCAUCCCACAUGUAGAUGCUAUGCUGUAUGUGGACACAGACACUAUAUUUCUCGGUCCCCCUGAACAGUUGUGGGAUUUGUUUUCACAGUUUAAUGCAUAUCAGAUAACUGCUAUGUCACUCGAAGAUGACAAUCCAAAUGUCUCAUGGUAUCCUCGGUUUGCAAAACACCCAUUUUAUGGAAAAUAUGGUCUUAACUCAGGAGUUAUGCUAAUGAAUUUGACAAGAAUGCGAGAAUUUGCGUGGGUUGAUUAUGUGACACCAAUUAUGUUGAAAUAUAAGCUUUACAUUCCUUGGGGUGAUCAGGAUAUUAUUAAUAUUAUUUUUCACUAUCAUGAAAAGGCAGUUUAUCUUUUGUCAUGUAGAUAUAAUUACCGGACUGAUCAGUGUAUGUAUGGUGAUGCCUGUGCUGAUGCCACAAAUAGGGGAGUGUUCAUAUUACAUGGCAGUCGGAGAGCAUUCCAUAACCAUAAACAGCCUGCGUUUGAGGCUAUAUAUAGAGCAAUAGACGAAUAUAAGGUUGGGGGUGAUCCCAGCGAGGUAUUGAACAAUAUGGAAAAAUAUCUAGACGCUGCGCCAGAAUCGAAUUGUGGAAACCAAAAAAACGGUUUGUUAAAAUUACCCAGACGGAUAUUAAAUAAUAUGUACGUAAAACCUAACAGAUAAGUAUUGAUUAUGUUUUUUAUUAAUAUAUUAUGAAAUAUAAUAAAGAAGACAUUUACUCCAUAUUACCCCUUACCGCCAAAAACUAUGUUUAUCUGAAUCAAAUAUGUACAUUGUACAGUAUACCAAUACUGAAUCACUGAAUCUCAUUUUCAAUCUGUAUUAUUCUCAAUUUUGUAUUAUUUAAUGGACUGUAUUUGAAUAGAUUUAUUAUAUCAUAAAGUCCCUUGUUGACAGACGCAUAUGAUAAUGAAUGUUAUUAAAAAAGUAAUUUACGAUUGAAUGUCAGAUGUGUUAUCCCUUCUCGGUAUUCGAAGGUCUCUUCAUUUUAUUUGAAGAAUUUUGACGUAAUUUAUUGUUACCAGUCGAUUAACACCGGUGUUGUAACGCCAAUUGAUCAAACUGCGACUUUAUUUGUUAAUCUGGCUUUGACUGUUUUCGUUUUAAGUAUGAAUUGUUAAAUGUACGCUUAUUUUAACAGUAAUUUUUUAUAUCAAUAUUUAUAAGUAUCGUGCACACGCGAAACUAGAUUUUAUUGCUAUUAAUUUAUUUGACGUAGGUACUUAUAACAAAACAAAGUAAAUUCCUUUGUGUGCAAUGAUUAUUACAAUUUGCAAUUAUUAUUUUAAUUUUGAAUAUUAAUAUCUUAGCUUUGGAAGAUUAAUUGAAAUUAAUAUAUACAUAAACCAUUGUUAUAUUUUUUGCCUUUUAAACAAUAUCUAAGAUAUUGAAGAUUUUUUUUAUGUUUGCCUACUUAUCUAUCAAUAUCUUUUUACAAAUGUAUAAUGUAGAAGUAUGUUGUCCAUCGCCUACUUUGUAGAUUGCCAAAUAGUAUUAUUUGUUCCACAUGUGUAAGUUUUUAAUUUAUUACAGCUAUAUUAUAUGUUAUAAAGUUUGCCUUCUAUUAAUCCUACCCUAGUUUUAGUUGUAAAUGUACGUUUAAUUAUAAAGCGAAGUAUUUUAAUCUGCCUCAUUAAAAAAAUGACAUUA